UCUCAUGCCACAAAAGUCCACCGAAGUAUGCAGUGGAUGGAAUAGGGGAUCAAAGUCAAAUUUACAUGAACACGCAAACAUACUAAAAAAACUUGAUUAAACAAUGAAACAGGUGAAACAACCAUUUUGAGUUUCUGAACAUGACAAUGAGCAACCAUACAUGUUAUCAUGCAUGUCUUGCAAUACAAACUACGUUUCUGAUUUUGCUGGCUCUUUGUCAAGCCACUUCAGGGCAAACACAAGCCGAGGCCCUUCUCAAGUGGAAACAAAGUCUUCCCAACCAACCCAUUUUGGAUUCAUGGGUGAUGAAUUCCACUACUAGCCCAUGUUCAUGGAGAGGUAUUACUUGUGACUCUCAAGGCACUGUCACAAUAAUAAACUUGGCUUACACAGGACUCACAGGUACCCUUCAAAACUUGAACUUUUCUUUUUUCCCCAACCUUCUACGUCUUGAUCUCAAAGAAAACAACCUCACUGGCCCCAUACCACAAAACAUUGGAGUCCUCUCAAACCUCCAAUUCCUUGACCUUUCCUCCAACUAUCUCAAUGGCUCUCUUCCUCUUUCCAUUGCCAAUUUGACUCAAGUUCAUGAGCUUGAUGUUUCAAGAAAUGAUAUAACAGGGAUACUAGACCCUCGCUUAUUUCCUGAUGGAUCUGAUAGCCCCAAAAGUGGACUAAUUGGUAUCAGGAAUCUCCUCUUCCAGGAUACCCUUCUAGGUGGCACAAUCCCAAAUGAAAUAGGUAACAUAAGAAACUUGACUCUGCUAGCUUUAGAUGGAAACAACUUCUAUGGGCCUAUUCCUCCUUCUCUAGGCAAUUGCACACAUCUAAGCAUUCUUAGAAUGCCUGAAAACCAACUCACAGGUCCAAUACCUCCAAGUAUUGGUAAAUUGACCAACUUAACUGAUGUGAGGUUUCAAAUUAACAACUUAAAUGGUACGGUGCCACGAGAAUUUGGAAACUUGUCUUCCUUGAUUGUGCUGCAUCUUGCUGAGAACAACUUUGUUGGUGAAUUACCACCACAAGUGUGCAAGAGUGGCACACUUGUGAAUUUCAGUGCAGCCUACAAUAGCUUCACUGGCCCACUUCCAAUGAGUCUUAGAAACUGCCCUGCCUUGUAUAGAGUUAGACUUGAAUACAACCGGUUGUCAGGUUAUGCAGAUCAGGAUUUUGGAGUGUAUCCUAACCUCACUUAUUUGGACUUCAGCUAUAAUAGAGUGGAAGGUGACAUCUCUCCAAAUUGGGGUGCUUGCAAAAACUUGCAAUCUCUCAACAUGGCUGGGAAUGCAAUUAGUAGCAACAUUCCAGGUGAGCUUUUUCAGUUGGACCAACUACAAGAGCUUGACCUAUCCUCAAACCAAAUAUCAGGAGAGAUUCCACCACAGAUAGGAAACUCCUCCAACUUGUAUGAAUUGAAUUUGAGUGACAAUAAACUCUCUGGGAUGGUACCACCAGAUAUUGGAAAGCUUUCCAAUUUGAGAUCCUUAGACCUCUCUAUGAACAUGCUGUUGGGACCAAUCCCAAAUCAAUUAGGGGACAUCUCCAACUUGCGGAAUUUAAAUCUGAGCAACAAUGACUUUAAUGGCACAAUCCCCUACCAAGUUGGAAACCUUGCACAAUUACAAGAUUUUUUGGACUUGAGUUACAAUUCACUUUCAGGAGAAAUUCCUUCUGAUGUUGGGAGGCUUUCAAAUUUGAUAAGCUUGAAUAUUUCUCACAACAAUCUGUCAGGUUCUAUCCCUGACACAAUUAGUAAAAUGUUGAGUUUGUCAGCCAUCAACCUCUCUUACAACAAUUUGGAGGGUCCAGUUCCCGAAGGUGGAAUAUUCAACUCUUCUCAUCCCCUUGAUUUGAGCAACAACAAAGGUUUAUGCGGAAAUAUUCAAGGUUUGCAACCUUGUAAUGUCUCUCUCACUAAACCUGAUGGUAGAUCAAGUAACAAAAAGAAGGUUGUGAUCCCUAUUGUUGCUUCCUUGGGAGGUGCUCUUUUUGUUUCUUUGGUGUGCAUUGGGAGUGUUUUCUUUUGCUAUAAGAGAAAUUCAAGAACUCGAAGGCAAAAAAGUUCAAUCAAAAUACCAAAUCCAUUUUCCAUUUGGUACUUUAAUGGUAGAGUUGUGUAUGGAGACAUAAUAGAAGCUACCAAGAACUUUGACAACCAGUAUUGCAUUGGGGAAGGAGCACUAGGAAAAGUUUACAAAGCGGAGAUGAAAGGACGUCAAGUAUUUGCUGUAAAGAAGUUGAAGUGUGAUGCAGAUAACUUGGACGUUGAGAGUAUAAAAAACUUUCAGAAUGAGGUUGAAGCCAUGACAGAAACACGCCACAGAAACAUUGUCAAGCUAUAUGGAUUUUGCUGUGAAGGGAUGCACACUUUUUUAAUUUAUGAAUAUAUGGAUAGAGGGAACUUAUCUGAAAUGCUGAGAAAUGACACGGAUGCAUUGGAACUAGAUUGGCCUAAGAGGGUUGACAUUAUCAAAGAUGUAGCAAGUGCUUUGUCCUAUAUGCAUCAUGAUUGUGCUCCACCUUUAAUCCACAGAGACAUAUCAAGCAAGAAUAUUUUACUGUCCUCCAAUCUGGAAGCUCAUGUCUCAGAUUUUGGAACUGCAAGGUUUCUGAAGCCGGAUUCGCCUAUUUGGACAUCAUUUGCCGGCACAUUUGGCUAUGCUGCUCCAGAGCUUGCUUACACAAUGGCAGUGACCGAGAAAUGUGAUGUGUUUAGCUUUGGCGUUUUGGCUUUUGAGGUGCUUACGGGAAAGCACCCUGGUGACCUUGUUUCCUACAUACAAACAUCUAGUGAGCAGAAAAUAAACUUCAAAGAGAUUUUAGACCCUCGCCUCUUGCCUCCUCCUAAGAGCCAUAUUUUGAAGGAAUUGGCAUUGAUUGCCGACCUAGCACUUUCAUGUCUACAAACAAAUCCUCAAUCUAGACCAACUAUGCGGAGCAUAGCUCAGCUCCUUGAAAUGGAGACUGCAGAGCAGACAUGAGUGAUUGUUUUCACUUGCAUAACUAGCAAUGUGUUAAGGCAGUAAAACUUUUCCUUUAUUUUUUUCCUGUUGUAAUUAAUUAUUGUUGUUUGUAUUA